CAAAGAGAAGAUCCAGUUUUCACUUGCAGAGGCAGCAAGUCUUGGGUUCACUUCCCGCGCAAAUGGGAGUUUCUCUGGAACUUGGAUUACGCCGAGGAUUCUAAUUUCUUUAAAACUUUAUUUUCAGGCAAUUUCCCCUGGAACCGUUUACCUCCAGAGGAUCAACGGAAUUGGAUCUGAAGGCUGGCCAUGACAUCUCAACGUCAGAAUUCGGGUUUCCGUUCAGAUGAUAAUGGUCAAUCAAGCUUCCGUGGGAAGCUUCUGACUAUUGAUUCAAAGCUGGGGAACCAAGAUGUGGAGGGCUUAAAGUUUCUCUGCCGAGACUGCGUCUCCCACAAGAAGCUGGAGAAGUCCAGCUCAGCCUCAGACAUAUUUGAUCAUCUGUUGGAAGAGGAGUUGCUGAGUGAGGAAGACCCCUUCUUUCUAGCGGAACUCCUCUACAUAAUCAAGCAGAAAUCGCUGCUGCGGUACCUCAACCAAAGCAAAGAGCAAGUGGAGAGUUUGCUGCCUACCCGAGGGAGGGUCUCUCUGUUCAGAAACCUGCUCUAUGAACUGUCAGAAAGCAUCGGCUCAGAGAACUUAAAGGACAUGAUCUUCCUUCUGAGGGAAUCGAUUCCCAAAAUCCAGAUGACCUCUCUAAGUUUCCUGGCAUAUCUGGAGAAACAAGGUCUAAUAGAUGAAGAUAAUCUGAGGUUACUGGAGGAUCUCUGCAGAAGAGUUGUACCUAACCUUAUGAGAAAGAUAGAAAAAUAUAAAAGAGAGAAAGCCUCCCAGGUAGUGAGACCUCCAAUAGACAGAGAACCUGAGUCAUUGCAUCAAAGAGGGGAAGGACCAUUUUCCCGUUCAGACUUUGAACAGUUGUUAGAAGCCUUACCAGCCUUACCGGAGGCAAAUGUGUACAGGAUGGAUCGGAAACACAGAGGCCACUGUGUUGUUGUCAAUAACCACAAGUUUACCUCAAUGUCCGAUAGACCAGGGACUGAUAAAGACGCUGAGCACUUGAGGCAUGUGUUUGAGUGGCUUGGGUUCAGUGUACAUGUAUAUGAUAAUGUGACCAAAGGACAUCUGGACAAGGUUCUGCAGGAAUAUAAGUGUCAUCCAGGCCAUUCUGACGGAGACUGCUUCGUGUUCUGUGUUCUGACCCAUGGGAAAUUUGGAGCUGUCUACUCUUCAGAUGGGACCCUUGUUCCCAUUCAGGAGAUCACGUCUCACUUCACAGCCCAGCAAUGCCCUGGUCUGGCUCAUAAGCCCAAACUCUUUUUUAUCCAGGCCUGUCAAGGUGAAGAGAUACAACCUCCUGUAUUCGUUGAAGCAGAUGCUGUAAAUCCUGAGCAUGUAUCCCCUUCCCUUAAGGACAGUAUUCCCGAUGAGGCGGAUUUCCUUCUUGGCCUGGCCACUGUCCCUGGCUACGUAUCCUUUCGGCAUGUGGAGAAAGGCAGCUGGUAUAUUCAGUCUCUGUGUAAUCAUCUGAAGAGCUUGGUCCCAAGAAAUGAAGAUAUCUUAUCCAUCCUCACUGCUGUCAACAAUGAUGUGAGUCAACAAGCAGACAGACAAGGAACAAAGAAACAAAUGCCCCAACCCGCUUUCACACUACGGAAAAAGCUAGUAUUCCCUGUGCCACAGGAAAAACUUUAAUAGUAGAGAGUUCUCAUUGACUCUUGGACUUGAAAUGAGGCUUUGGUCAUCCAUUCCAGUCUCCCACCCAUCACAGGAAUCAAUGAUAGAUGGUGAGCUGGCCUGCAUAUGUCAUUCUAAUUAUUGGAAAUACCCUAUUUUCUCAUGCAGCAAAAUCUUUUUUUUUCCCUUGUUCUUUUUGACAAGUCUGAAUGUUUGAACACUUUCUUUCUUGAAGCUUCAGACUGUAGUCUUGGCUUUGGUUGCACGCCCUGGGAAAAAGCAGUUGGCCUUGGUUUGUGCAUCCGUGAGGUAAAGGGUGGAACCACGUAGAUUUUCAGAUUCCUUUGAGCUUUAAGAACCACUGUUCUUAGCCUCAGUUGAGCUUCAAUUUCCUCUCUACGUGACCACCCCUUGUUACCAUUCUGCAUCCCCUCUGCAUGGCCUUGUUGUGGACAUUGGAUAAUGGUAGAGAUCACACAUGGUUCAUUGACCUUCUCUGCUCUCCCCUUCCUAAGGUUCCUCUCCUGCACAUCUACCUAGGUGAAAAUUUGGUCUAUACGGUGCUCAUUUCCUGCUUUAGUGUAAGGAAGGUAUUCCUGCAGGAACUGUUUCUCUUGGGUCAGGAACAGGUUCGGCUCUAGGAUGCUGAUAGUCUGAAUGAAGAGAGACACACUCAGCAACUCUGGGAGCAGAGACUUUACAGCCUGAGAUUAAAUCCCAUGUUGGUCAGACCCUUUCAGAAGCUGAUAACCGAACACCCAUGUCAAGCCAACUAAAGCAAAGAAGGGAAUUUAUUGUCUUAGUCGUCUGAAAACACACAUAUGGGUGGGCUGGCUUCCGAUGAGGCUUGAAUCAGGACUGAGUCUGCACGAUAGCAUGUCUCUCUUGGUCAGGGGUUCUCUCGAUGGCUGUGCUGUGCUGACUACGGUCAACAGCCCCUCUCUGUUCCUCGGUCCAAAGGAUGGAGGAGGGAGGCAGCCUGAGGGUCUGAAGCUGUUCACAGGGGAUGUUGUUCUCUCCUUAGAGAGUUGUUCGGCUGUGCCUUGGAGGGUGUGGUUCUGUCUGGAAGACUUGAUACUUCUUACAUUAAGGCUUUGAAUAUCUUUAUUUAUGUGAACUUUUUUUUUUUUUUUCAAUUUCAAGAGGAAUUUUUUUUCUCAGCUCCUGCAGGAGGGAGGUUGAAAGUCCUCUCCUUAAGGCCUUUAUUUCCAGAUGAAGAAGUUGAGGCCCCAGGAGGCAAAGUGAUUUGCUACAGUCCCCCAGAUGGCUACUAUUUAUAGGAUUUUAUUUCCCACUUGAGUGAACUGGAAUAUCAUGGAUAUAGCAGGGCUUUAGGAACAUUUCCUUGGGUAUUCAGAUGUUCAUGAAAGGUGUCAGGGAAUGAAGAAAAAUAACUCUCAGUAAUGCCUGAUUUUGCAGUUAUUCAUGUGAAAGUCACAUUAAUUUAUGGUGUAUUUGCUAUGAGAACUAUUCAUAAGAAGUUUUUUAUAAUAGUAAUUAUGUAGAUGGAGCUAGUCAUUACGUGGAUUUGAAUGUAGCUUGACCAAGGAAAGGAAUGUAAUAAAUAUGUCAGAAUAAUCUUCCCAAACCAGUGUUUAUACAAGUCAAAGCUAACUGCUGGUGGUUACAGUCUUUGUCCAACUGAAUAUACACAGCUUUGGGCCAUUUCAUAAAAGCUUCUCUGCGAGUGAAGGAUGGUGUGGUUCAAAACAAAAAAGCAAAGAAUCUGGAGAGGGAAGCCUUGGGUUUCCAUUUGGCCUUGUGACUCCCUUGCUCUGAGACACUAAAUCAAGGUAGUUUUUCGAGCCUUAUGUAUGAAGUAGAGAAAAAUGACCUAUUUAAGAUAAGGAUUUAGGGGAAUAUAUAAUAUACGAAUAUCAUAAUAAAUAUAUAUUUCUCCAUUUAAAUCCAGUUGUUGCGAGGUCCUAUAAGACCGUUAGGUGGCAGAUACCUCUGGCAGUAACCUCAAUGGAAACAGCAGAGUUUGAGUUCCUUUGCGUCUAAUUCCAGCUGAGUUUUAGCCGCAGAUCAACCCUAGCAAUCCCCACUGGUGUCCUCUGAGUGAAGUGCUGGUUCUUCCCUCACUGAUCACAGUGUCCCCAGCUCUCGGCUCUGAGUCCUGCUGGACGAGACACCACUAAGGAGCUCUCCUUCAGCAGCAGCCUCUUGGGUUCGAUGCUGAAGUGCCCCGGUCCUGUGGGUCUAGUCCAUACUGCCCUUGUGCUGGAGCUUAGUGCUUAUGUAAGGUUAAAUUCUGGAAUCAGGAAAUGAGCCACGAGCUUUCUUUUCAGACUUCUCCGGCAAACACUUGAGGAGUCACUGGAGACGUUGAUGACUGUAAGUCAUGGGCCUGUGCGGACACCAGGAACACACCCAUCCUUCAGUCAUUUCUCCUAAACGGAGCGUGUACACACUUGUCCCUUGUCUGUGAGUGUGUGUGUGUGUGUGUGUGUGUAUGGGAAUUUAGAGCAAAACACUGGAGGUGACUUGGUCCCAGGUAUUUGGCAGUGGCCAUCGUCAGCCCAGACAUUUAUGAAAGAAAUGCGCAGAUCGAGUGAGGUCUCUGUAUAUUUUGAGUAGUUGUGCUCAACCUACAAGAGCUAUGGUUAAUUUUUUCUUUUUUUUUCUUUUUUUUUUUUCUCGAAAGUCUAGCUUCUACCAAAAAAAUGAAGGGUGAGGAAACGUUUUAUAGAAUAUUAUGCAAAUGUUAGUUGUUUAAGAAUGAUACUACUGGUGUGACUGUUAUUAGAGAUACUAGUCACCACAGCAUCCUCCUGCUCUCUGCUGCAGGGCCUCACCAUGCGAGUGGGCAGGUUGGAUAUUGCCAGGGCUCCCCGUAGCCAGUGCUCAGAUAAUGCAGACUUACAAGCAGCUGAUACGGUGUGGUUACUGAUCCAUCCGAACAGCCACUGACCAGUAUAACACUAUGGGGAAUGCCACCGAAGAGCAGCUCUUUAUCAGUGAUCCCGUCUCCACUGAGGUAGACCAAAUGAGAAGCUGACCUCAUUUGGUAGAUAACUUCUGUGCCAUAUUUGAGUCCUAAAAUCUUCCAGGACUGAUACUUUCUGAAUGAUUUAGUCAUGUUCUUAACCUGGAAUUCUUGGGUCCUUGGAUGUUUGUGGAUUUAUUCUCAGGGUCUAUGAGUCUUCCACCUUCCGUUUGAAAUGCUUCAAUUAAUAGAGGUGGAUCCUGGCUCUUCUGCAUGAUCUCUUUGUAUCUGAGCACUGACAAACAACUUUUGUGUCUGCAUCCUGGUGCCCACGGGAGUGACGAACUUUAUAUCGAACUUUUUAACGUAGCAUGGAUUAGGGUUCAGGGCUAGAGGUCCUCAGACCUGUUGUCAGAUACCAGCACUUAAUCUACCUGAAACCUGCUCCAGUCCAUCCUCUAAGUCAUGACAGACUCCUAGUCUACAAUCCCUCAGCCCCUGCUGAACUCUGGAGGGAACUCACACUACACCCAAAAUCAUGGAUUUGGGACCUUGGAAGAACCGUGGCUAGGGAACCCAUGGUCCAGCCUUCGGGGUCAAAUGGCUUACUCAAGUCUUACAGCUCUUAGUGCGGGAUUUGCAGUCGUGUGUAUCUCCGGCUUUGCCGUCUUGCCACCUGGUUUCACUGUGAGACAGCUUUAUUUAUCCUUUUCCCUGUUGUGAUUUGAACCUGCUUAGAACGUACUUAAACCAACCCUGCCUCUCAUUCUGAACUCUGAAGCCCUGCCAAACAAUUGUAACUAUCUUCCGGUGAAGUACAUGUUGCUGGUGACAAGUUAUUUAACUUUGUUUCUGGUAGGGUCUGGCUCUCCUCAAAAGUCUGCAGUUUGCCUUUAAGGACCUGGUAAGAAUAUCGCAUGUGUGGUAAGGACAUGUUUGUAUCUUUAAACAGCAGCUAAAUUCCUGAAAAUGGAACCCUUUUUAAAAAGUACUAGGAGAAAUUCCUUGUUUAAAGAAAGACUGAUUUGCCAGUAUAAACAACCACUUUGUUUUUUUGUUUUUUUUUUUAAAGAUUUUAUUUAUUUAUUUGAGAGAGAGAGAAUGAGAGAGAGCACAUGAGAGAGGGGAGGGUCAGAGGGAGAAGCAGACUCCCUGCCGAGCAGGAAGCCCGAUGCGGGACUCGAUCCAGGGACUCCAGGAUCAUGACCUGAGCCGAAGGCAGUCGCUUAACCAACUGAGCCACCCAGGCGCCCUUAACAACCACUUUGUAACAUAACUUUUGCAGAUAUGAAUUUUUAAGAGGAUUUUUCCUCUUUUAAAAUUUUUAAAUUGUAUGAAUUUUUACUUUUUAAAUCUAUUUUUGAAUAAAUAAUAUCUUUACAUUGCUCAAAGAGAAUACAAAAAGGUAUUCAAGAUUAGUCUUGCCUGAAUUUCUGUCCCCCAAAUGCCCAGUCCUCCCACCUCUGAAUCCCAGAGGUAAUUUCAGGAUUUCUUAAUGCAGAUGGAAAUACAACAAAUACAAAUAUAUAUGUAUUUUAAAGGAGGCAUUUCUUGAAACAAAGGACAUACACUAUGAAACUCAAAACCCUCAUUUGGUCUCAUUUUAAAUGAUUCUGUAAGAUGCCUGGAAAUACUUGUGCGUCUCUACCAUUGGAAUAACUUUAUGAGUUUUGUGGACUGAGUACCUGUAAAUAGUAGUAAUUGUCUGACCAAUAAAUAAAGGGAUUUUUUUUCCUUUUUA